AUGGCCGUCUACAACGAAUCCCGCCUUAACUACCUCUGGCUGGCGUGGUUCGGGCUGUCGAUCCCCAUCAUUCUCUUAAUCGACGCCCUCCCGCACUACCCUUCAUCCUGGUCCUCGUCCCCCUCCUCGCCCCUGCACAUCUUCCACCUAAUCCGCCAAGACUACAUCUCGCAAUACAACGACCCGAUAGUGCAAUGGUCCCCAUCCACCGCCGUUCUGGGCUCUCACGACUCCUGGAUCGGUCUGUUCAUGUACCUCGAGUUCGGCUUCUCUUUACCAGUGGUACUCUACGGAUUCUUCAAGCUGGCUUUGUCCAAAAGAAGGGGCACGACGGGCGGCGAUGAGCUACUUUUCCUUGUGUAUGCUUUGGAAACGGCGUUGACUACGUUGGUGUGUAUCUAUGAUGUCGGGUAUUGGGAUCCGGAGGUUCACUCGGUGAAGGUGAGGAGGACGAUGGUUUUGCAGUUUUUUGGACCUUGGUUUUUGGUUCCCAGCAUUAUGGCUGUUGAUAUGGCCAGGAGGAUCCUGGGGAGGAUCAAGGUUGCUGAUGAGGCUAUGGAGGAGAGGGAGAGGAGGAAGGCGCAGUAA